CAAACACACACACAACGACUGGAGCCUCUCAGACCACCACUGUAAGGAGCGGACGAAGGUGACAGUGGAAGUACACUGAGUGCUGCUGAGACCAGAUAGCCAAUAAGGAGACAAACCGGCUUCAGGGGAGAGAAAGAAGCAGAGGAUGUCCAGAGCUGACUGGAGCUUUCUGGAGCAUCUGCUGGAGGAGGGCCAGGAGUAUUCGACAGGCAUUGGUCGUAUCUGGCUUACCGUACUCUUCUUGUUUCGCGUGUUGGUACUUGGAACAGCUGCCGAAUCUGCCUGGGAUGACGAGCAAGCUCUCUUUAUCUGCAACACGGGACAACCUGGCUGUACUGCCGUAUGCUACGACAAAGCUUUUCCCAUCUCCCACUUCCGCUACUUUGUCCUUCAAAUUAUCUUGGUCUCCACGCCAACCAUCUUCUACUUUGGAUAUGUGGCUGUAAGGGCUAAGAGCCUCAAAAAUAAAGAGGAGGAAAAUGAUAACAAGCAAGCAGAAGAAGAGAGUGGCAGAAAUGACAGAGGAGAAACUGUGACAGAAAGUAAUAACAAUGCAAAAAAAGACAUUGCAGAAGAGAACGUGAAAGAGGAGAAUGUUGGGAAAGGUAGAAAAGCUGAAGGAAGUCCUCCCGAGGCUCCUAAACUGAAAGGCAGACUGCUGUGUGCAUAUACAUUCAGUAUUCUGCUCAAAAUCUUCAUAGAAGUGGGCUUCAUAGUGGGGCUGUGGUUGCUUUAUGGCUUCUUCAUUCCAGCAAGAUUUGAGUGCACAAGGAGCCCAUGUCCCCAUACAGUGGACUGCUUUGUCUCUCGACCCACAGAGAAGACCAUCUUCACCAUCUACACUCAGGUGAUCGCUGUGAUUUCCCUGCUCCUCAACUUCAUUGAGCUCCUCCACCUCCUUCAGCUUGCCAUCACCCAUCGGCUAGAAAAACGCUACCGCGCCGAGCGGGAGGACUACAUACGUUUGUCAAGACAGGUACCAGCCUUACAAGAGAGUCCCCAACUCCAAGCAGAGGCGCAACAAUCUUACAUAACAGAGAGCCAUGCUUACCUUCCCGUGCAGGCUGAGGCUACAGGGGAUCUGGCAAUAGAGGUGAAUUGGGGACCUGCAGAGGCUGGAAAUGACAUACUCCCCAGUUACAUGAACUGCAUGGGGGCUAUAAGGACAAUACAUUCCCCUAGAGUUCAUUAUAAGAAACAUCCACAUCACACUGGGAAAAACACUAAGAGUACCCAUAAGGGACACUCAAAUCAGAAGCAUUAUGUAUGAAGACAUUAGAUGGGGUGAUAUGUUGAUAUUAGAUGGGGUGAUAUGUUGAUUAUGAUUAUGAACGCUUUGUUUGGUUUCAGAGCCUUUUUUUCAUAUGGUGAGAGCUCAAUGAGGGAGAAAUGAAGAAGAACAACUAUCGCACUGUGAACUCAAUGACUCAGAGGCAGGCAGACAUUCAAACAAAGAUUUACCAGAUAAAUGGACCUAUUCAAAACAGAACAUUUUGAGAACACUCCCCAAGGCAAAGAAAAUGAGACUCCACAAUGAGAAAAGAUUACAGUCAUAAGGUGCUUUCUUGUUACAUUUAAUGGCUUUUAGUGCUGAUGUUACAGCGGAAAAAGCACUGCGAGGGAAGUCUGCAGAGGGCAUGUUGUGGGAGCGUGUAUGUGAGGGUUCGCAGGAGAUCUAGAUUUAAACCAUUUCCCUUGAGAUUUCCUCUAUAACCCCUGGAGUUCCAAAACUCUCUCCUCUCCCAGUGGCUCUGUCCACACUGUGGAAUGUACUGGUCUCUGGAUACCGCUCAGUUCCCAAGAGGAUAAUGACUGUGUGGAUGCAGGCAUGCAUGCAUGCACACACACAUUGUAUUUUUUCCCCUUUCACCCAGUGAGUUUUGGUCACUUGAGUUGGGGUUAUGGACUGAGAAGGCGGGGGUGAAGAGAAGGGGAGCCAAACCAUUGGGAAUUCUGGGAGACUGUAAAGGACUUGUCUUCACCAGUAACCAUAAUAUUCAGCUACAGGGAGAGAAAAGGAGAGAGAGGACCACUGUGUUAUGAGAAUGAAAAUGGAGCAAAGAAAAAUUAACACUUCUGGGGAACUCGAGAAAGGAUUGAAAAGAUGCACACUGAAUGGACUGAGAGCGGUACAGAAUGUGCAAAUUCAGUGAAAGAAAGUGACUAAUUAUGUGAAAUCUGUUUUUAAUGUUAAAGAUAUACAUGAAGAGAUACAAUUGUUCAUAUUUAUUAUUUUGAAGAAAAUAAAGUUUUUAACUAUC